ACUAUAGUCAGAGAUAGAAUAUUAAACAUUUGUACAUAAUUGAAUGCUAACAACCUAGACAUAGGCUAUUCACACCCUGGUACAGUAUAUGGUGGUCAGGUUACUCCUUUACACUGAUACACUGAGGUUGAGUCUCUAAGGACUUGUUGUGGGGUUGGACCUGAAGCAUGAUAUUAACAUCCCUUAUACAUGUUGAGCCAUCAAAUAAGGCUCAGACAUAGAUGCCUCAGGUGUGAUGGAUGCAAAGGAUUGGAUCGAAGCCUUAACCCGAGGGCUGAUGUGCCUAGUAGGGAUCCUGGGGAACAACUGGCUGGGUCUCCGCUCUCUCCCUGGACCUAAGUCUCAUCUCCGCACCAACGAGCUCCUCUUCAUCAACCUGGCCGUCUCCAACCUCAUCACCAACUACCUGGUGGACCUCCCUGAUACCAUGGCUGACUUUGCUGGCCGCUGGUUCCUGGGGGAAGCCUACUGCGGUGUGUUCCGGUUCUGCUCGGACCUGUCGGAGACCAGCAGUAUCUUCUCUACCUUGUUUAUUAGUGUGUUCUGGUACCAGAAGCUGGUGGGCUCUCUGAAACGCGGAGGAGCUCCGGUCCAGCUGGACAGCCUCCGUCUCGUAGCCUGUCUCCUGGCUGGCAGCUGGACAGUGGCUGGGGUCUUCAGUGUUCCACACUUCUUCUUUGUCCAGGUGGACAGUGGGAAUGAGAGCCACAAUGACUGUAUAGAAGUAUUUCCCUCCCAAACUGCAAGACAGACCUAUGAGACAUUGUAUCUGACCCUCGCUAACGCCCUCCCCAUCGCUGGUAUAGUGUUCUCCAGCAUCCAGAUUGUGAUCACUCUGCUAAGGAACCAGAUGCGUAUCAAGGGCCUGACUUCUGACAAUCACAAGGGGACAGAUAAUGCUCUACCUAACCAGCGGGAGAAGAUGGACAUCUCAGAGAAAUAUGAUGAAACAGGCAUCAAGACUUCUGAUAAAGAGGCAGAUUUACCAAUAGUUGCUUCUCCAGAUUUCCCUCAGAGUUCUAGAAGCCAGAGGAUUUCAGACAUCCGCCCCAACCUGCCUGGUGUCUCCUGCUCUGUCCUACCUUGUGCAGGACCCUCUGUUGUACACAGCUCAAUCAGUUCCCCCCUCUGCCAGGUUGAGGUUGGUGAGAGCAGAGUCAGAGCUUCACCAGAUCUCCAGAGGACCUCCCAGCCUCCAGCUAAGCUCAGCCCAGGCACGCAGGUGAAGGCAGCCAAGAGCGUGGUGGCUGUGGCCACUGUGUUUGUGGUGUGCUGGGUGACCCACCUCUUACUGAGGAUAUCCAGCAACAUCCACAAGUCCUCCGUAGUGGUGGAGGUGGCCAGCUACAUCGCAUCCUCUUACACCUGCAUCAUACCUUACAUCUUCCUCUAUGGAGUAAAGAAACUGUCUUGCUCCUGCAGAAGGUAG